UGGAAAUGACCGCCUCUGGCAGUUAGACCUUAAAAGUGUGCUUGGCUAAAAGCUCUGCCGAUGUAAGAUGUUAUCCUGAGCACCUUGCUCUGUUCUGCUGUGCUGAGCUGGGGCUCUGUGUUUCUGUUCUGUGCUGGGUCCAGGUCUGCUGUCUGUAUCCUCCCAGAGGUUUUGGUAGAUUCCUGUGCACUAAAGCUAUGGUAAUUGCAGUCUAAACAAAUCUUGGGGAGCAAAUGAUAUCCCGGGGCAUCUGGGAGACAAGAAACUUUCCCUUGUUGGUAAUGGAGGAGCUGCGCAUUUGCAUCUUUUUGGGAGAAGUAAAUUGGUAGCUUUCCCAGCCCAUCCAAGGGGUAACUAGCCAAGAGUGUGUGGUGGCCUCUGCAUAAAGCAGCUCUUGAGUCUGUGCUGGGAUUUGUGUAGGUUGUUCCUGUGCCAUAGGAAAGAUGCAUCAUUAUUAGAUGUCAGACCAGUUGUCAUCUGUGCUAAGCUGCAACCAAAAUGGCUAAGUACAGGCUUGUUCUCUUAAGACAUGGGGAAGGAGCCUGGAACAAGGAGAAUCGCUUCUGCAGCUGGGUGGACCAGAAGCUGAGCAGUGAUGGGAUAAAGGAAGCUCAGAACUGUGGCAAACACCUCAAAGCACUGGGCUUUGAGUUUGACCUUGUCUUCACCUCUGUGCUCAGCCGCUCCAUCCAGACUGCAUGGCUUGUCCUGGAAGAGAUGGGCCAAGAGUGGGUCCCCAUUCAGAGUUCCUGGCGACUGAAUGAACGUCACUAUGGUGCACUGAUUGGUCUCAACAGAGCAGAAAUGGCUCUGAAUCAUGGGGAGGAGCAAGUGAAAAUAUGGAGGAGAAGCUAUGAUGUUACUCCACCUCCCAUAACUGAAUCUCAUCCUUAUUAUGAAGAGAUAUACAAUGAUCGCCGGUAUAAAUGCUGUGACGUCUCUCAGGAUAAUCUCCCAAAGGCUGAAAGUCUAAAAGAUGUGCUUGAAAGACUCCUUCCCUAUUGGAAUGAAAAGAUAGUGCCGGAACUGAAAAGUGGCAAAAUGAUCCUUAUCUCUGCUCAUGGUAACAGCAGCAGGGCAUUGCUGAAGCAUGUGGAAGGCAUAUCUGACGAGGACAUCAUGAAUGUUACUCUCCCAACUGGUGUGCCCAUACUUCUUGAACUUGAUGAGAAUCUGCACCCUCUGGGCCCUCACCGGUUUCUGGGUGAUCAAGAAGCUAUCCAAGCUGCCAUCAAAAAAGUGGAAGAUCAAGGGAAAGUAAAAUCUGCUGAGAAGUAAAAUCCCACUAACACAUCUGUUUUCGAAGUGUGGUAAUAAGUGAUGAUUGAUGUAUGACUGCUAGGUUGCACUGUGUGAAAGUCUCAAUUUCAAGCACUAAAUAAUUGGAAGGGACAGUUGUUGUCUCGGGUAGGUAGAUUAACCCUCUGCCUUUCAAAAACUGGAAUUUAAAUCUCAGCAUGAGGUUACAGAUACUGAAAAAAGAAAUCAAGAGAUUGUUCAGGUAAUGGGAACUUGCAGGGCAGUCUGCCCCAGAUCUAGAAUUGAGGGUGGCCCAGUACAGAAAUAAAGGGAUAUGUUAUUGGUGUCUACCAAUAAUCAGUCCUGAUCUGUUAAGGGGAAAAGCACCAGCUUACAGAACUAAUUAAGUCCAGGUUGUUAUAGGCACUAAAACUUCCUCAUUGAUAAAAUGGCACCAGGUAACAGAGUUGCAUCAUUAUUCUGUGUCAAUGGCCAUGACAGUUUGUUCUGGAUGGAGUUCCUUCAGUCUUUCAGAAAACUUUCAGCUCUACAACUCUUUGCCUUUGUUAUUUUGAGUCUUCCAAGGCCAGUUUGUGGUCCAGAGGAGAAUUUUGUAGAGAUGUUCAGACUGUUAUAGUUACUGUAGUUGUCUUUUGUUACACUAUAUUCCAAUUUUAAGGAAUCUAGAAGGAAUCCCUUUUCCUCCACCAUCUUUGCAAAGCCUAGCAUGACUGCAUUUUUCUGGCUUGCAAUAAUAGGAUUUAACUCAGACUUUAGUCCACAAACUAAGCACAAAGGUUUCCUGCUCAAUGUUUAAAUUAUCACUUUGCUCUUAGCGAGUGACCUGAAUAGCUUUGAAACACUUCAACAUGUACUAGAGGUUUGAUCAUCUCUUAGCCAAGUUGUUAGAAUAAUUCCUGCUUACCUCAGUAAAACUGGAUAUAGGAAAAUCCCCCUCUGUGCUUUUCUGAGUUGCAAAGAUUUUUUGAUAAAUGUGCUCCACGGAAGUAUUACUGUGGCAUUCUCUGUAUCAAUUUCUCUGGAGGGCUGGAAGAGAUGCAUAAAGCAUGUAAGAUGUGUUACUAGGUGCAGCUCAUUCAGCCAUCACACUGGUAGGGAAGGAUAUUCUGCCAUGCCUGAAAGUGUUCUCCUGUAAAACUCUCCUCACAAUCAUAGCUUGAUUCCUGCUGAGUGUGGCCUUGCUGUUGUGUUCAGCACUAAAUUUGAAUAGUUCAUACUGUGGUUGAGUGUAGUGUAGCAUGUAUGGCAGUUUGUUCUCUCUAUGUACACAAGCAUCAGGAUAGUUCCAGUUUUGAAGAUGUGCUCUAAUCUUACUUACCAAUGUUAAACUUACUUAAAUUUAGAUUUGACCCAGUGUCUCAACAGCUGAGCAUCUGGAUUCUGACCUCAGUUACCAACAUGGGUGGCACUUGCGUAUUUACUGUUUGAGCUGAAGGUGUUCUCAGCGUGGCCCAGCUACAAAUCUCAAGAGAAGUUGAUGACAAUUUCCCUGGUAUGAUGAUAGUAUAAACUUUUAAAAUCCUAGAGUAGCUGCAUCUUUGCGGUGAGCAGCUCUGUAGCUCACUUCAUAAAGUGUGAAAGGAUGUUUUUUUCCUUUGAGGAGAGCAAUGUGACAGUGUGGUGUGGCUCUGACAGUCUCCCUGCUAUAUGGAGGUAUGCUUUCCAGAUCUGAUGCCAGCUCACACUAGUGUAGCACAUACUCCAUAAAAGACCUCUUGCUAGAUAGUAGUUUCUCUUGCAUGAAUGAUGCUUGGGCUUCUCUUUGGUUUUGUUUUUGUAGCCCUUGCAGUAGGAACAAAGUUAGAAUGUUUCUCUUUGAAACAUAAAGCUGGUAGGUUUCCUCUUGCUUUGUAUGGGCAAGAAUAUUUCAGUGUUUUUCCUCUGAAAUAUUAUUAGCAGCUUCCCUGCUACUCUAUUUUACACUGACUUACUCCUUUCUGGGUUUUUAGUUUUCUGUGCAUAGAGUAACUCUGAAUCUUAGUUGAUACUUUAUAAGUCAGUGUUAUGGAGUUAGAUUGUUGAUCAGCAAAUGUUCACCUGUCAAUGCCCUGAGGAGGGCCACUGGCACUCAGGUGAUUAGAUUCUUCCCCAAACAUUCAAUAAUGUGUGAAGUUCAGUAUCAAGUAAAAACUACUGUAGAGUUAUUAACAAGGCAAGCAGAGCCACCUGUUGUCAGUGGGAACUGCAUGCAUCCAGAUAUGUGGCUUACAGGCCUUGGCUAACAGUGCCCAUAUCCCUUUGGUAUUGUGGCAUUGUAACUUAGAACUUCAGGACUUGAGAUGUAGCUGGAGUAUUCUCCUAGCGAAUUCAUGAUCUCUUCUCGGGAUGGAGUGAGGAAUGGAAAGGUGGAUAAGUGAAUGUAGAGAGCAUUAAUAUUUCUUCUUGCAGCUGAAUGGAUGAAAUUACCUGAAAACAACCUUUCAGAGAGUCAUGGAUGGUAAGAAAAGCAGUGUGAUGUUUUCAGGUGGCACUGUUUCUACAGUGCUGCUUGAGACAUGAAUAGUGACAGUGCCCUGGGAAGUUUGACUUCAUUUGCUUUGGUUGUGACUCCGAAGGAUUUUAUGUGCACAUCUGGCAGCAAUACCGCCUUGCAAAAGUAUCAUAUGGAACCAACUGGGGAUUUCAUUGUGCUCUUUAAGAUUAUUUUAACACCUUGCAAUGCUUGAUUCUGAAUAGCCUUCUAAUUAAAUUCCUCAUUGAUAAAACAUGUAUAUUGAAGAACAGAAACCAACUUCCAUCAGCAGUGGCAUAAGGAUGCCUGAUCUUCAGGCGUAGCUACAUUAGAGAGAGAGAAAUGAGAAUCUUGCUGGUGACUCUAGAAAUCAGUGGUUGGAAAACAUUUUCCCCAUGUUUGAUUGAAUAUGCCUCAAAGUCCUAUAAGGUAACUGGUGUUUCUACAGUUGACAUUAUGGAUGUGGUCAUUUAGUUUGUUUAUGCGUUUUUAACUUGUGGUUCAGUAGCAGUAGUAGCUCUAGAAUCCUCUUGAAAACCUUUGUAAAUAUGGUGGAGCUGGCAGGUUCUUUGUAACUCAAUAAAUUCACCUGAAGUAGAAUUUAA